CUGACUCGCCUGCGCAAGGCACACACUCAUUAUGAAGGAGUGAUUUCACUUGAUUCCGCGGAGCUGGCUGUCUGGUGGAUUUAGUUUAUGUAGUCUACUUGACAAAUAAGAAUACACACCUGAUUUCAGAGCAUACUUGUUUUACGAGUCACUGCAGUGUUGUGCUGUAGGCUAUCGGCAGAACUACCCAAGUGGAGACUUUGCUGAUGCAUCUUUGCGCGAUCAUCCAUCUCUUGGCGAGUACAAAUAACAUACACAGAGCAGGGGAGACAGUCUAGCCUACAUCAGCUUUCCGAAAAAACACAUCGCCUGUUGUAGCUGCUGGACAUUUCUUGGAGAUAUCCAAGAGUACUGGAGCCGCAGAUAUUGCCUACUUUAUUAUAUUGAACGAUAACACGCCACAUUCUCACCUUCUAUUUGAGGCAAAGAAAUAGAGGUCGACCACCACAACAGCAUAUUGAGUGGAGUCGAAUUGCUGUGGCGGUACCUACUUUGCACCGAGCAAGGAAUAUUUGACAUUCAAGUUUCCGUGGAAGUUGAGCAGUGACGGAAAAUGGGCAUUUGUGGUUAUUUUGUGGCGCCUUGGAAAUGCCUUAUUGUCAUCGGUCUAAGACUGCUAUUCCUUGUACCUGCAGGAGUGCCAGCGAGGAGCGGGGAUUCUUUUUCAAAGGACAACAUCACUGUCAGACAAGGGGACAGCGCCGUCUUAAAAUGUACUGUGGACAGCAAGGUAUCGCGGGUGGCUUGGCUCAAUCGCACCACCAUUCUUUAUGCGGGCACUGACAAGUGGUCUCUGGACCCUCGCGUUGUCCGAAUGGACAACACACCUGUGACAGAGUACAGCAUAAAGAUCCAGAACGUGAAUGUACACGACGAGGGGCCCUACGUGUGCUCCAUCCUCAUGAGCAACAAACCCAAAUCGUCCAAAGUGCAUCUCAUUGUUCAAGUACCUGCAAAGAUCACAAACAUAUCGACGGACAUCACAGUGAACGAGGGCAGCAACAUUACUCUAAUGUGUCUUGCCAUUGGACGACCAGAACCCAACAUCAUAUGGAAGCAUCGCUCGGCAAAAGGCCACAAGUUCGUCACUGAAGGGGAAUACGUUGAUAUGACAGCGAUCACUAAAGAACAGUCGGGAUCCUAUGAAUGCAUCUCCUCCAAUGACAUCUCAGCCCCGGAUGUGAGGACGGUGAAAGUCACAGUCAAUUAUGCUCCCUUCAUUUCGAAUGCCAGGAGUACAGGUACCCCAGUGGGCCAAAAAGGGGUGCUCCAAUGUGAGGCCUCUGCUGUUCCUGGGGCAGAUUUUGAGUGGUACAAAGAGGACCGCAGACUCUUCAAUGGACUGAAUGGGGUUAAGAUAGAGAACCAAGGUAAACAAUCCAUGCUUAUGUUUUUGAAUGUUUCUGAAGAGGACUACGGAAACUACACGUGUGUUGCCCUGAACACCAUGGGGAUCACCAAUGCAAGUAUAAUCCUCUAUGGCCCUGGGACCAUGAUGCACGAUGUGAACAGGGCAGCACUGUCGCCCCACUGCUCGUUCUGCCUACUGCUGACUGUUUUCUUUUUGUUCCUACUCAAGUUUUGAUGCAACACAGGCCAUCAUCAGCUUCUAUCAGCACUGAAAAACAACAAGACUCUUGGUCCCAGAAGAAGAAAUGGAACAAAAGGAACCACCAAUAACAUCGUUGGUUUGCUCUUCUUUUUGGGGGGUUUGCAUUGGCGGUAUGUCUUCUUUUGGACAAAAACCAGAAGAUGGGACAUAUCUAGGAGGGUGGGGAGGGAGAGGGUCGACCUGGAAGCUGAUCUGAGGUGAUGGUACUACCAAGUUUGUGUCACUCCAACCUUUUGUAUGUAAAAAAGGGGAAACAAAAAGUUAAUGUAAGUGUUGAUAGUUGACUGGUUUUGCCCAAAUAUUGAGGUGUACAUUCAGAUUACUGGUGUGUCCUGUCCUGUUUGUUCUCUGUACAAUAACAUAAGCUUUUUUAUUAUAGUAAAUUACAAAAAAAAUAAAACACGCAAUGUGAUUGUUCAUUUUACUGUAUUUUUACAGUUGUAUGCAACAGAAUAAUAACAAAAACAGACCAUUCAAUAUAAACUAUGUCAACUUCAGUGGCAGAACAACACAAUAUCAAAUAUUUAAGGAUUAUUUGUGACAAAUGAAGUCCAUACACAGCAAAAAAAAAGCACUGUUGAAGCAUAAACAGCACUGACACAGUUUUUGGGGUUGUCACUGAGAAGAACUGCAUAGUCAAAGACAAAUGAUGACAGUGCUUUUUAAGUUGUCUGAAAUUGGCUAUCGCCUUUUUAAAAGGAAGUUUUGAGACAGACAAGACUGAUAUACACAGGCAGAAAUGUGCAAAGAAAACAGUUUAUUCACUGCACAAGUGAUUUGUUCUCUCACUGACUACAGUGACAUCCCACAAUCCCAUUUAGCUAAUGUGGGUGUCUACGAACAAACCGCAAACGGUAAAGUAAAAACAACAUGAUUCCAACAGGAUACAUGUAGAAAUGCGUCCUGCGCUCCCCACUACAAGAAGUGAAGAGAAAUGAGUCAUUGAGAGUCAUUGAUCAAAUGUUCUGAUCUCUCUUUAAAUGGCAAAACUUUGCAGAAAACAAGAGAGUAUAAACCCAGAAGUCAUUCUAGCCCUCUGCAUUGACCAGGGAUUGAAAAAUUGUGAAUGUCUGUCGGUUUGUGUCCUUUCAGGCCCUAUUCAAAUAAACAUUGAAACUGGUGUGCAUAUUGGAUGUGUAUAUCUGCAUAUCUAUUGAACAGACACAAAGGUUUCUGAUUUAGGAACAGUUUCCAAAUGACGUUGCCUGAUUACCUAAAUUACUGUCACAAUCAAUUCUAAACAAUUCUGCAAAGAGCCUAGCAGAAAUUCACUGAACCGCGUUCAUUAUUUCCUCUAGUUUAGAAUGUUUCUCAUGUACUUUACCUGCAUGGUUAACUGUUUGAUAUAGCCAGGGCCGGCUCCAGGCAUAAGCGGUCGCUUAAGGACUCAGGCUGCUAGGGUGCCCCAGAACAGCAACAACAAAACACUUUUUUUUAAGGAACUCGGGGAUCUCAACUUACUGUUGAGAGUUAAAAUAGUAGAAUACACAAGGUGCAAGUAUGAAAUUUGGUUGUGCAUCAGAAUUUUUUAAAUCUCCAUUAGCCAUGUCAGUCAACAAUUUUUAGAUCGGUAAAUUAGUCUAGCCAGCUAUCUACACUUGGAGUAAUCAUGGCUGAACACCGACCAGGCACUCAGGGCACAUGCCCAGGGGCCCUGACCUCAAGGGAGCCCCCAUUGAUUUGAUUAGACACUCUCACUCAGAUAUCAUUAACAUCAUUAACAUGGCAUAAGUUAUGGCAAAUUGUGGAGACCUGCAGGAAAUUAGCUUUAAAACUGAAAAAAGUAUCUACACCCCAUUAGCUGUAAAACUGCCCCAUGGCAAAAUGUGUGGAAUUGCAGGAAAUGUACUUUAAAACAUACAUACAAGUGAGUCCAUGAAUCGCAAUGAUGUAACCGUUAUGGUGAGUAAUCAACAUGUCAUCUGAAGAUAAAGUUUUACAUUGUCCAUAAAUUAGGAACUGUAAAAACAAAGUCCUUAGUCCUUUUGACUAUGUGACACAUUACUUCCCAUGAUGGCCCACACAAAAUGAAACAAUAACAUACAAGUGUAGGAGGAGGCUUUGAAUCCAAUUAAGAUCACAUGCGUAUCAAAUGCAGGCUCUAAAGUUCUUUCAUUAUAAAAUGUCCAGUGAAAAACAAUUAAUUUGCCAUAACAAAUGUAGCUCGCAAUUUGAUCACUACAUGUUUUGCCCUGACCCCAGUGUUCUAUCAAUCAGAGGGUUGAAUAGUAAAGGGUGAGGAUCGGAAUGUCCCCUGUAUCGCAUCAACUCUAUCUAUUUGGGGGGCUCAAGCUGUUAUGUCUUCUCCUUUUCUUUCAAAUGAAUAAGAACCAUUCAAUGUCACAGCUGUCACUUCUGAUCAGCCUUCGCACAGCCACCCCACAAUGCAAUCACCACCUGGUUUGUUGCAUGUUGGUCCCGUCCCAAAACUGCCUGGUUAUCAGGCAGCAGCAGAGAAGAGUGUAUACACACACACACACACACACACACACACACACACACACACACACACACACACACACACACACACACACACACACACACACACACACACACACACACACACACACACACACACACACACACACACACACACACACACACACAGACAGACACAUGUGCAUGCAUAUACGUAAACACACACACAGACACCCUUCAGACUAUGUCAUUUUGAAGACUAUAAUGGGUUACAAUUGGGCCCCCUGCCUUGGGAAGUCAUUUCCACAGUAUUUAUACUCUAGUUAACUGUAAAUACUACAAUACUCACUGUAGUGUAUGAGAAAGUGUAGGAUAUAUAUAAAUAAUUAUGCUCAAACUGAAAAAUCAUUAAAUGAAAUAAUGAGUAUUUCUAUCAUCCUAAUUGAGGUGUAGAUUACAUCUCACAUCUCAGCGUUAGACCUCGUAAACAAGGCUGCAUGGGAUUUCUGUUAAUGUGACUCUGUGCAGCCAAUGGCAAUGUCCACUUUAGGUAUGCCAGGAGCCGGUUGUGGAUUUGACAGCUUUAACACAGUUCCACCCCCGACGCCCCCAAAACAACUGCUAUGUGGGUGUCGGCUAAAGCGGAUCUGAUUGAAUAGAGCCCUAACCAUGCAAAGUAAGAGAAAACAAACUAAGGUUUUUUAGUGCAUUGUGUUCUAUAAAAGAGAACAUUCAAUGAUUUACUAUUCCUGGAUGAAUACGGAUCAAAUGAAAUGUUGUCAAUACACAUGGUUUUGAACUUGAUGUUUAUAUGUAAAACAUGAGUAUUAUCAAGACUGGUGUCUCCUAGGUCAGAAGGAUAAACUGUUUUGUUUUUCUUGCCACUCCCCCACCCAUGUACAGAGGCCCUUUGAUGAGUAUUUCUUCAAAGUUCUCCAAUUUCUGCACUUUUAUUUAUGAAGAACUGUAGAGUGUCACAACUUAUCCACAAAAUAAAUGUCUCUGUCACUUAAGGAAAACUAAAAGGAAAGUUUUUUUUGUUGCCAACACAAGUGCAGUUACACUGUCAUAAACCUAAAGUUCAAUGCAAAUCUGUGCAUAAAUGAUCAUGAACGGUGUAUUAGUCAAAACUGUAAUCUUGCAGUUAUGACAAAGAGAGGGUCAAAAGAUAGAUGUAGAUCCCUGGG